AUGUCAGCGACGUAUCCUUCGCGACACUCAUUUCAGAGCAGUCGAGUCUUUGAGGCCCUUAAAGACGACGUCGAUGAUUUGAUGCAGGAUGGUAUCUCAUCAACACAAAACCUCGAAGUCUUCCGCAGGAACUUUGACGCCUCAAUACAAUGUGGACUUCCCCUCGAUCAAGUCUCGGGCAGCUUCCUCAAAUGCUUCAACGAAGCGCGGCCUCCAGGCAUCACUCAGUCGGAGGCAAAUGGGCUGGCACAUCGAUCUCGCAAGUCAGGCCAAGUAGCCUCUGUACUGCCCAAGUACCCAACCCAGGAAGAGUGGUCCGAUAUCAGGCCAGUUUUCACAAAGUUGUACUUCACCGAGGACAAACCCCUGAAAGAAGUCAGGAGUAUACUUGAACAACACCAUGGUUUCGUAGCAACGGAGCGAAUGUACAAGGAACGGAUCAAGAUCUGGGCGCUCCACAAAAAUUUAACGAGAGUUGAGAAAGAGACGAUGAUUCGAAAGAUUGGACAAAGAAGACCAGUCAACCAAACUCUUCUUAAUAGGCGACCUCUCUUACAUCGACUUGAACGAUACUGCAAGGAAAACAGAAUUUCAGCGCCAUAUGAGCUGCACUCAGUUCUUAAACCCGCCUUCCAGCUCGCCCAGCCUAUUGCGUUGUACGGUAGCAUCAGAACCUGUGAGGUCAUCAUGCAAAAUAUCGAGAUCUACAUGGACUACUAUUUCACUAGUGGACCUGGAACUCACUAUUAUAAGAAAGUUGUGGCCACUGCAUACCAUGGGUCGGCUGAUAAAGCUUUGGUCUUUGUAGAGGACGAGGAAGCUUGGAAAGAUAUGUUGGAUCCAGUGGAAAUCGUUCAUAUCGUAAACGAUGCCUUUGACGCCUUCGAAAAUGGCUUUAUCGAGUUGGCAUUUAGAAAAAUGGAGGAAGGAUUAGCGCUUGUUGAAACCAUGUUUAAACAGCAACCCCCAAGUUUGCUAGGCUACCUCUUUUCAAUUUUGCUCAGGUGGAAACAUUUCAGGUCACACUUGACUGGAAAGAUGGUCAACUUCGUUCUUAAGAUGGCCUCAACCAUACUCGGAGAUGCGCACCCACUAAGCAUCAUUGCUAAUCAAUUAGUCACCCAAACAAAUGCAACUGAAAGUUGCUACAUCUGGCGCGCUUUGACUGAAGCGUUGAGUAGGGCAUUCGAGCCCCUGGAGAACUCCCGACAAAUUGAAGCGGUGCGCUGGUACUGCUUGUACGGAAUAAAAAGGCUAGGACCGAUAGGUGAAGCACAAGACUAUCUGGAAAGAACAGUCGGUGGGGAGACGGUACAGAAAGGUCCCAAAUACCUUCACGAAAAAGCACAUCUAUUAUUCAAGCAAGACAGAUAUUUGGAAGCAGAGACACUGUACAGAGAAUGCCUGGAGUCAUGGAAAGACGAGCAACAAGAUAUUUUGGCCUGGGGAACCGAUUCCAAAUCAUUAGAAUGGAAGUUUGAUAUACGCAACUGCCUGGGCUGUCUGGCGGCUAUGCUGGAUCAUACGGACAGGGUCAAUGAGGCGAAGGUCAUGUGGAGACGGUUUUUCGAAUUUGACUUCAAGGCGUUUGGCUCAGACGGUGUCAACACCGUGAUCACUGGAUCUUCUUUCAACGACUUCCUCGCAAAGCAUGGCUUCCUUGAGGAAAGAGAGAUGCUGAGAGCUGAGUGUCCAGAGCUUCUUCGUCGAAGAGAGAUCCCAAAGGAAUUCUGGUAA